AUGGCAGAGAUAGUGCCCAUUGAUGAUGAUAAAGCUACUGUGGGAGAUACUGAAGUGAAAGUCGAUGCUGAAGUGAAGGUGGAGAGUAAAGCUGCAGAAGAGAAGGAUGAUCAGACACCGGUUGCUGAAGAGGAAAAGCAAAAGUCUGAACUUGAAAGGGAAGCUGAAGAAAAAGAUGCUAAUUUUAAUUUUCGGUUCAGAUUCUAUGUUGAUGAUGUUCCGAUAAGAGAGAUCAAAAGAACCGAAUCAAUGGGUGGGGAUUACCCAUCAAAACCAAUGACUUUAUACGCGACAAUAUGGGACGCUUCCGAGUGGGCUACAAAUGGCGGAAAGUACAAGGUUAAUUACAAAUACGCCCCUUACAUCGCUGAGUUUUCCAACUUUGUUCUCCACGGAUGCACCGCAGACCCCCUCACGUUGCUCAAAUGCGACGACGCAUCAAACGCCAACGUAAUCCCAAAGGGUAUCACGACCUCACAAAGGGCGAAAAUGGAAGGUUUUAGAAAGAAACACAUGCAAUAUUCAUAUUGUUAUGACAAAAUAAGGUACAAAACGCCACCUUCCGAGUGUGUGAUUAACCUGAAAGAAGCAGAGAGGUUGAAGAAGUUUGAUCCUGUGACGUUUGGUGGCGGUCGGGGUCACCACCAUGGGAAGAGACACUGCCGUGCGGUGGCGAUUUAAGCAUGGUGGUUGGUUCUCUUAUUAUGUUACUAUCAUUUUCUUUUUCUUUUUUUUUUUUUAAGUUUCUUAUUUUGUUGAUCAUCUUUGAUCUUUUUUUUUUUUUUGGGUUAAUUUUUAUGUGAAUAGAGGACAAUGGUGGGAAAGCAUAUAAUUUGUUUGUGAUGAUGAUUAUGUGGAGAAAUAUGAGAUUUUGGUUGAUGAAUA